AUCCGAAACAUCGACACAUCCGAAGAAACGCUCUCGGAGGUCAUGUUCUUCCAGCACAGCGGCCGUUACACACGCACCCCCGGCCACUAUUCCUCGUACGACAACACUCACCCGAUAGUCUACGUUGGGAAGAACUCUCACGGCUCCUACCACGACGACGGGGGCUCAGGGACCUGCUGCUACUACGAGGACUUCAGGAACCCUGGUAGCAAGUACCAGCACAUGGACACCUGGCUGAACCUGGAGGAGCUGCGGAGGGACGACACGGCGCCCGAGUGGAUGAUGGACCCGACGGCGGACUACUUCGACGGCAACACCUCGCCGCUCAACCGCGAGGAGACCUACCACCUGUGCUCGCAGAAGGGCUGCGAGGGCGCCUGGGUGCAGCUGUGCACCACCAGCGGCUGCGCCAAGAGCGAUAUCGGGAUGAAUCAUGUAAGACGGCCUUGGGUGUCAUGGGACGCCUCGAGUGUCAUGGCCCCGCGAAAGUGUCAUGGCACCUUCGCGUGUUGCGAGAGGACCACACGUGGAGGACCGAUUAAAGAUGCAACAUCACCGCGUUUAACAAUAUGCCUUUCUCGUCGCGUUUCUUAUAUUAGCAUUAUCAUUAGUACGAUUAUCUUCAUUACUUAUUCAUGAUUGCUUUUUAGGGGG